AUGUCCGAGGUACAGAAUGUCACAUCCUCUUCCCUCAUUUUUCUUCUAACUGGUGUUCCUGGAUUGGAAGCCUUCCACAACUGGAUCUCUAUUCCCUUCUGCUGUCUCUAUAUAACUGCUCUCUCUGGAAACAGCCUGAUCCUCUUUGCCAUUGUUACUCAGCCCACUCUUCAUGAACCCAUGUACUAUUUUCUGUCAUUGCUCUCCACUACUGACCUGGGUUUAUCCAUAUCCACUCUGGUCACCAUGUUGGGUAUAUUCUGGUUCAAUGCCAGGGAAAUCAGCUUUGAUGCCUGUGCAUCACAGAUGUUUUUUAUUAAAUUCUUCACUGUUAUGGAAUCUUCAGUGCUAUUGGCCAUGGCCUUUGAUCGUUUUGUGGCUAUUUCUAAUCCCCUCAGGUAUGCCACCAUUUUAACUGACUCUAAAAUAGUUCAAAUUGGAGUGGCAACUGUCCUCAGGGGUACAGUAGUGAUAACUCCAAUGGUGGCACUUCUUAAAAGGCUGUCCUUCUGCCGCAGCCAUAUACUCCACCACUCUUACUGCUUCCAUCCAGAUGUGAUAAGGCUUUCAUGCACAGACACCAAAAUCAACAGUAUAGUUGGGUUGACUGCUAUGAUCUCUACAGUUGGCGUGGACUCUAUCCUCAUCCUCCUUUCUUAUAUUUUAAUCAUCAAAACUGUCCUCAGCAUUGCAUCCCCAGAAGAGAGGAAGAAAGCCUUCAGCACAUGUAUCUCCCAUAUUGGAGCUGUUGCUAUUUUCUAUAUCCCAUUGAUUAGUCUGUCCUUUGUUCACAGAUUUGGGAAAGGAAUUCCAGACUAUGUACAUACUAUGAUUGCUGACACCUACUUGCUGAUACCUCCUGUAAUGAACCCCAUCAUCUACAGUGUGAAGACCAAACAAAUACGUAGAGCUUUGAUUAAAAUUCUCCACUCCAAAGAUAUAGGAUCAUAG